AUGCACCCCCUCACGCUCUCCUCCACCGCGCUCCUCCGCCUCAUCAAGUCGCUCUCGCCGGCGGCGGGGCCGAGGGCCCACCUCGCGGCCGCGGCGAUCCACGGCCUCCUCUUCAAGGAAGGGCUCCUCCACGCCGGGGCGCACCUCCCCACGGCGCUGCUCUCGGCCUACGCAGCGCUCGGGAGGCCGCGCCACGCGCGGGACCUAUUCGACGAGAUGCCCGACCCGGGCCUCGUCACCCGCACGGCCAUGGCGCGCGCGCACGCGGCGUCCGGUCAGGGGGCCCAGGCGCUCGCCGUGUUCGGGGACAUGCUCACGGAUGGCGUCCUCCCUGACAACGUGGCCCUGGCGGUCGCUCUCGCGGCCUGCCAUGGGGCAGGCUCGUUCCCCGCAGCGGGGAUGGCGGCGGCCAGGAGACCUGGGAUGAUGGUGCAUGCCGUCAUUGUGACAAGCGGCAUUGUCCCAGAUGUGUUUGUCUCCACUGAGCUGAUCAGGGUGUACGGAGAGUACGGCGAGCUGUCUGUCUCCCGGAGGUUGUUUGAUGCGAUGCCGGUGAGGAGCACAGUUUCGUGGAAUGCCAUGGUGCAUCAGUAUAUCAGGCAUAGUAAUAUUGACAAUGCCUACGAGCUGUUCCUUGCAAUGCCAAGGAGGGAUGUAGUGUCAUGGAACACGGUGAUUGCUGGGUACUGCCUCGUUGGCCGAUGUAUGGAGGCCCUAGAACUGUUCCGUCAGAUGAUAUCGCCAUCUUCUUGUCCAGUGCAUCCAAAUGGACCUACAAUGAGCACUGUCCUUGCUGCUUGCGCGGGUGCAGGUUGUUUAGAGACUGGGAUUUGGGUCCAUGCGUACAUUGACAGGAAUCGCAUGAAUGACAAUGGCUCAUUGGAUCGGUCCUUGAUAGAUAUGUACGCCAAGUGUGGAAGCAUUGAAAAGGCCCUUCAGGUGUUUGAAAAGGCACCUGGGAAGAGGGAUCUGUACUCAUGGACGACCGUGAUUUGUGGACUGGCAAUGCACGGUAAGGCUGCUGAUGCUCUAAGAAUGUUUGGCAUGAUGCAAGACAAUGGUAUACGACCAGAUGAUGUUACUCUUGUUGGGGUCCUUAAUGCUUGCGCACAUGGUGGACUUGUAGAUGAAGGCCUUCGCCACUUCUACUCCUUAGAGAAGUAUGCAAUCACACCCAAAAUUGAACACUAUGGAUGUGUCAUCGAUCUUCUUGGUCGUGUUGGGCGAUUGGAAGAAGCAUACAGCAUUAUCAGGACCAUGCGGAUGAAGCCUAAUGCAGUAAUCUGGGGCGCAUUCUUGAAUGCAUGCAAAGUUCACAGCAACGUGGAGCUUGGCGAGAUUGCAGCAGCUGAACUCACCAGGUUAGAUCCAGAUGACCCCUGGGCAAAGGUGAUGCUGUCCAGCUUGUAUGCAAAAGCGCAGGACUGGAGCAGUCUAGCCAGGGAGAGGAGGGAGAUGAACAGCUUACAGAUGAAGAAAACACCAGGGUGUAGCUCAAUUGAGCUUGAUGGAGAGGUGCAUGAGUUUGUUGCUGUUGUACUAACAAUUGAAGCUAGUGGAGGCAUAGCACCAAUUGUGACUGUGCAGCUUUGGAUGUCAGUGGACAAGAGGUGUAUCAGAGAGAAGCACUUCAAGGUUAAUUUGUCGAGCAAACUGGAGAUGCUGGAAUUGGUAUUUUGGCAGGUGCUGUAUGCUUUUCAGCAUGGCAUGUUUUAUUCAACUGGUCAAGUCCUGCAGAAGCUGAAAGCUGAGCAUGUAUAG